AAAUAGGACAAAAUAGUACAAAUAAGUGCCUGCAAAAGUUUAAUUUACAUCUUUGCUACAUUUAGUUCCUUGUUGUCAAAUGUCUGUUGGUCAACAAGCCGAAAUUUCUGGUAAAGAAAUGUUGUCGCAAAUUUGUAAAUCAAUCAAGGGGAUGUAUAAAUAAAAUAGGACUACAUAUUCAAUAGGAUAGUUUCAAAGGCCUUCUCUGUAGGCGACAGAGAGAAGCAUAUUGGAAUAGUAUCAUUCGGUGGAAUUGUGCUGUGAACAAUCUAAUUUAUCUUUUAAAGGGGAACGUGACAUGGCUUUAAAUAUUAUGGUCUUCCAUUCCAUAUUAUUUUGUUCUAGGCUAUAGGCUACACUCCGUUGUAAAAUAUACCUGCUAAUCGGUGAAAGAAUAUAUCUUUCUUUAAAUGGUUUGUUUUGCUUUGAACAGCAUGAAUAUUAGCCUAAUCGUUGUAAAAUAUUAUAAUAUAUUUUAAAAGGUGCUAUCCCAAAAGCCCGUAAGGCCAUAUAUUUGAUCCUUCAGAGACUGUAAUUUUAACCCGUUAAAUUGUCAAUCGAUGACAUGACAACCGUGUUAAUUGACUGUUUUGAUUGAUAGUAAAAACACAACAAAGUAUAGCUUCGAAUAUCCCCUGUGGCAAACUGACCGAGAGAGCUGGGGUGUAGCUGUCUGCGCGCGCCUUGGCCAAUGGAAGCAUAUCCUCCCUGCAGUGCGCAAGAGCGCAAUUUGGGAUUUAACCAAGUCUGUGCUGAGGGGCUGGCUGUAGUAUUCGACAGAGUCCGUCGGCGUGAGAACACACAAUGGUAGGUUAGUCCUCAAGAUCUUUUGAGACAGACUAUUUACCGCACCUCGAAGCUUUGAUACGAAUUAUGACUGGAGUAUUCGACCGAAGGAUUCAGAGUAUUAAGACAACAGACUUCCAGAACCCUUUUCAGAUUUCCGCCAUGCACCACCCGUCUCAGGAAUCUCCUACACUGCCAGAGUCCACGGCCACGGAUUCUGGCUAUUACAGCCCCGCCGGCGGAGUUCCCCACGGGUAUUGUUCGCCUAAUUCAACUUCUUAUGGGAAACCUCUCAAUGCCUAUCAGUACCAGUACCACGGUGUCAACGGUUCUGCUGGAAACUACCCUGCAAAAUCCUAUCCAGACUACAGUUCCUACACAAGCUCUGCGUAUCACCAGUAUGCAGGAACUUACAGCAGAGUACAGCCACAAGCAAGUCCGCAAGAAAAGGAAGAGGCAGAGCCAGAAGUGAGGAUGGUGAAUGGAAAACCUAAGAAAGUCCGUAAACCGCGAACCAUCUACUCCAGUUUCCAGUUGGCCGCUCUGCAGCGAAGAUUUCAGAACACACAAUACCUCGCGCUGCCAGAAAGAGCUGAGCUCGCCGCGUCCUUAGGACUCACGCAAACACAGGUUAAAAUAUGGUUCCAAAACAAAAGGUCGAAACUGAAGAAAAUCAUGAAGAACGGCGAGUUACCACCAGACCACAGCCCCAGCUCCAGCGACCCCAUGGCCUGCAAUUCUCCGCAGUCCCCCGCCGUGUGGGACACGCAAGGCUCGUCCAGGCCGCACACACAUCAGCCACAGAACAUCAACACGGUGGCAUCUAGCUUUUUGGAAAACUCCGCUUCUUGGUAUUCCUCCACGGCCGGCUCCAUGAAUUCCCACCUUCAAAACCCCAACUCGUUACAGCACUCAUUGGCUCUUGGAGCGGGGACGUUAUAUUGAAACCUGCAUUUAAAAAAAAAAAAAAAAUAUUGUAUGGGACUCGUGUUUAAAUUUCAGAGGAAUAUGCAAUGUAAUUGAUGACAGUCAUAGAAGAAA